UUGAUAACAUACCAAUAGUUGAGUACACCUGGAUAUUCGCAACCGAUGCGUCUGAUAGAGUCGGGACUGUACCCUGCAAUGUGGCAACAAUUCAGUCAGCAAUAACUCCUAUGAGUAAAAACGAAUCAUUAGCAAGUAAUGACUUGACUGAAGAGGAAUCAUUCGAAGACAGAAUCGUAUUUUCUGAUGAAGUGGACGACGAACGUCGAGAUCGGUUACGGAAGUUACAAGAUGAAUCGAGAUCGAUGACUCAGGAUGAUUUAAGUAGGAACGGAUAUAAGCAGGGGCUUAUCAGUUUUUCCUCAACCAUGGAAGAACACAAUUAUUUUCUUAAAACAUAUCACAAUCUGUCUAAAGCAAAAUGUUUUCAAUAUAAGAACGAGCUAUUCCGACAUCGGUACGUAAAAGAAGAGGAAGGUGUUAACUAUGGAAUCGUAGGUGGUGUUAACACAACUAUCAAAGAACAUCCAUACAUGGGUGCUCUAGGAUAUGAAGUGAAGGAAGGCAAAUUAGACUUUUUCUGUGGUUGUACCCUGAUAAGUCACCAUUUCGCCCUAACUGCUGCACAUUGCAGUUCUAAACCAGUACCGGGCAAAUUACCUUUAAGACCAAAGAUUUUUAGAUUCGGAACUACCAACAUUACAAAACGUGGUCAAGACUACAAAAUAUUAAGAGUUAUUAAUCAUCCCAAUUACAAAUCUCCAAGCAAAUAUUAUGAUAUCGCACUAGUUGAAACAAAAUCAAAAAUAGUGUUUAAUGAAUUUGUGCAACCUGCUUGUCUGUGGCGGAACGAGGAUACCAGCAGUCUCACUCACGUCUCUGUGUCGGGAUGGGGUGUUACAGACAAAUAUGAAAAUUUAAGAAAAAGCGAUAUUCUGCAAACAGCUCAAGUCGAUAUUGUGGAUAAAAGAAUGUGUAAACUUCUAAUAGAUAAUAAAUCACGAUUGUCUAAAACAGUAGAAGAUCAUCAAAUAUGUGCUGGAAAAUUAACUGGAAAUAUUGAUAGUUGCAAGGGCGAUUCCGGUGGACCGUUGGAAGGAUUUUCAGACGAUACCACGUUUGUCUUCGGCGUUACAUCUUAUGGGUUGCACUGUGCCACAAGAAACACACCAUCUGUUUACACAAAAGUGUCUACUUUCGUACCUUGGAUUGAAAAUAUUGUGUGGAGAUAUAUAGAGUAGUAAAUA